AUGCCCGAGCCCUCACAACCCUAUCACCGUGAUCUUUCAUUUCGCGGCUUCGUCGAAGGGCUCACUUAUCUCGACGAAAGCUCGCAGCCACUUUGUCAUUUCUUCGGCGGUGUACCGUUCGCUCUGCCGCCCAUUGGACCCUUCCGGUUCCAAAAGCCCAGAUCACUACCACCAUGUUAUCGCUACGGAACGAGAGCGAAUCCUGGAAGAUUCAGUGGCGGAUGUGGGCUUUGUCCGCAGGCAUCUAGACAGGGAUUUGAUGAGACGACGUGGGACGAGGAUUGCUUGCAGUCUAAUAUGUGGAUCCCAGCUGGGGAACCGCCUGCUGGAGGAUGGCCGGUAUUUUUCUGGAUCCACGGAGGUUUCUUGCAGUGGGGCUCUCCGAACAGCAUGGACCUUCGGGCGCUACUGAGCGAGUCACCUACAAGGUGCAUUGUUGUCGCACCUGGGUAUCGCUUGAACAUAUUCGGCUUUCUUGCUUCUCUCGAUGCCCUUCAUUCAUCUCCUGAUUACGCAGUCAACCUCGGCUUCUGGGAUCAGAGGAUGGCACUGCAAUGGACGUACGAGAACAUCACCUAUUUCGGUGGCAACGCUUCAAACAUCACCAUCGGCGGCUAUUCAGCGGGCGCGCAUUCAGUUUUCCACCAACUGGCGUAUGAUCUUGCAGUUCCUGAUGAGAAGGCAAUCGUAAAGAAGGCGCUUAUGCUGUCGAAUGGGCCGGGUAUGCAGCCGAAGAGCUUGGGUGAGGCACAAAUCCAGUUCGACGAGCUUUUGGGAACUUUGAAGAUUUCUCCCGAUUUAUCUCCAGUGGAGAAGCUUGCGAAACUUCGUACCGUGGACGCAAGGGCCCUCAUUGAAGCAAGCACUAAGAUGAAACUUCAUCAAUUCCGUGCCGUGACGGAUGGCUCAUUCGUGAGGCACGGUCUUUUCAAUGAAAUCUCCAACGGCCAUUUCGCGCAGCGUUUGAAGAGACGAGGAGUCCAGCUUAUCAUUGGCGAGUGCAGCGACGAGCAUUUUGUCUACGGUACAUGGCGCCCGCCAAAACCAGGCUAUGACAACAUGUUUCAUCGCCUGGAAGCAGAUUACCCCCUCGAAGCCUGCAGAGUAUUGAUAUCGCACUACUUCCCCAACGGCAAGCUACCGCCAAAAUACAAAGAUUGGCAUACAGCUUUCGGCAAAAUCUACGCAGACAUUCAGAUCCACGCCCUGGAGCGAGGUAUGAUAAACACUCUCGUAAAACAGGGUGCUGGUCAUCUGAUACACCGGUAUCGUAUCGAGUGGCGCGCGGCAUGUGUUGACAAAACACUACCGAAACAUUGGGGUGCCACUCAUGGCGCCGACCUAGCUAUAUGGUUCUGGGGCAACGGAAAUAACCUGAGCGAUAAUGAAAAGGAGAUCGUGACGAAAGCUUUCCAUGAACCGCUGAGCAAGUUUUUGAAGGGGGACAUUAUGAAUUGGGGAACACAACAUGCAAUGCAAGUGAGAACGCUAAAGGGCGAUGGAAGUCUAGUCAUUGAGAAGGAUACUAGAUUGGAUGAAGGCUUGAGGCUCUGGGAUGCACUAAAGAAGAUUGGCGCUACUGGAGAAGCGAAGGAGACAGCUAAGCUAUGAGAUAUAUACUCAAUAUCACGUUACUAGUGAGCAGUCUCAGUCUCAUGGAAUACACUCUACUUUAGUACAUUUGGCAUUAUCAGGGCUAUUCACUCGCGUAAAAAUAGAAAACCCUAUACAUUAGCGACGAAAUCCGUC